CAUUCAAGCCAACUUUGGAGGAGAAUGUAGACUUCAAUCAAUUGAGAAGGGCGAUAUGGAGACGGACUCAAUCAAGUGGGUUGGUUCUCCGUGCGGUUUACACGGAGCCUACAUUUUCUACAAAGCUUUCAAAUUCAGUCUUGAAGGCAGAGCAAGAAUCCUCUCCCUCGGAGACUUUUUCUUUGUAAGAUGUAAGCCAGGAGCUCCGAUUUGCAUAGCAGAACUCCAGUUGUUGUGGGAAGAGAGAAACAACAAGCAACUUUUGUCGAGUUCCAAACUCUAUUUUCUCCCCGAAGAUACACCCGAAGGAAGGUCGAUCGGGCACGGAGAGGAUGAAGUUGUAGCUGUUUCAGAGAAAGUAAUCGUGAAGCUGGAUGACCUGAUGAAAUGGACAUGCUCAGAUUUCAGCACGUGGACACGGGGCCUCGGGGCUGUGUCACUGAAACCCUCAAAGAGAAAGGAGCUGAGGAUCAAUGGACAAAAGGAAACUUUGCAUCACUACAGACAAUGUACCCUCAACAGUGGCCUCAGUUUCAAGGAUGUGUUAAAAGAGAAGGCUGACCUUGGUGCCGAAGACGAUGAUGACAAAGGUGGCGAUAACACUGACAACACCAAAAUCAUUGUCCUCAGUUACCCACAGUACUGCCGUUAUCGUACUAUGCUGAAGAGGAUUCAGAACCGAUCGUCCUCCUGGCUGGUUGACCAGUUCGUGAUGGCAUUGGGUGGAAUUGCAAUCCUUAAUGAAAGUACCCGCAUCCUGUAUUGUCGUGACACGUUUGACUAUCCAACUCUGAUUGAGAGUGAGAGCGUCUGCGAUGAGCUUGCACUAAAUCUCAAAGGCCGACCUCGGAAGAAGAAGGCCUGCUCACAAAAGCGGGAUGCACAAGUUCUAAACGGCUUGAGAGAUUCCAAUGAAGAUUCUGAUGGGAAGAGCAAUCCCAAGUCGAAAUGCGAGCUCAAAACCACAAUGGCGAAACCCAAGAAUAACAACAACUGCAAAAAUAUCGCAGCUGAUGAAAAAUCAAAGGUUGCAGCGAGCAGUGAAUGCAGAGGAGAGGAACAGGCUUUCCUAGUUGCUCUUUACAAGUAUAUGAAAGAAAGAAAUACUCCAAUAGAGAGGAUACCAUACCUUGGAUUUAAACAAAUUAACCUUUGGACUAUGUUUCAAGCAGCCCAGAAUCUAGGAGGAUAUGAAGUGAUAACAGCACGUCGACAAUGGAAGCAGAUCUAUGACGAACUAGGAGGUAAUCCAGGCAGCACAAGUGCAGCGACGUGUACUCGCAGACACUACGAGAGGCUGAUCCUGCCAUACGAAAGAUAUAUCAAAGGGGAAGAAGACAAGCCUCUACCUCCAGUCAAGCCUCGGAAGCAGGAGAACAGCCCCCAGGAGACAGAGAGCAAGAUGAAGGCAGCUGGAACGAAACGGAAAAAUGAGCAAAUCAGAAAAGGGAAAAAAGAAAAGGAUACUACUCAGAGAGUGAAAGAGAACUGUGAGGCAACCUCAGUGCCGGAAGGUACCCAGGAGAUGGAUGUGUCCAGAGAAACGCUGGUCUCUGUGCCAGAAGGAGUAGCGACAAGCUUGGACCCUGAGGUGGAGGAGCAGCAGAUCCGUGACCUCGCCGAAGGCGCCGAUGCCAGAACGGGGCAGCCCAAGGACAAUGACGACAAAGCCAGCGACGAGCAGCCAGACGGAAAACAUGGUGGCAUCACGCCCAGUUCAGGCAAGGAGGCAGCGACAGCAGUGCAAAGGCCGGAGGAGGGACAGAUGGGCACGGACACCUCCACAUCCGGCCCAAACCCCGAGCCACCGCCGUGCCCACCCGACCUCCCGGCGAGCGACGUCCAGGAGGAAACGGCUGCCAACGCAGUCCCUGCAGAGGGGGAGACAGUCCUGUCUGUUCAAGUUGACCAGUCUCGCAAGGAGGAGACUGAAAGUCGUCCCGGGAGCAACCCACUGCCUGGUGCCCAGAGACAGCACGCACGGCAGCCUGAGAGAGUUAACUCAAACCUGCCGCCUUGCCCUCACAAAGAGAAAGAGGAGGUGCUAGCUUCCACGAAAAAUGACGCCUGCUCCAGCUACAUGCCCGUAGUGUACUCACGAGGACAUCCCGGCAUCAUGUCACCGCUCGCCAAGAAGAAGCUCUUGUCACAAGUCAGUGGCACCCUACCCAACAACUAUUCAAUUGGAGCACCACCCCCACUGCUGAGCAGUAAAAAAGUUGGCGACAACGGGGAGGAACCGGUUAAAACUGAGUGUAGUUUUUCACAAGGCUCUUCAUCAGACCUGCCCGCCGUUAAUAGACCGUCUGUCAUCCAGCGCGCCCAUAGUGUUCCCAAGAGAAGCUCAGAUGAGCGAGGGGAAGCGUUUAAGCAUGACAGUUUGAAUAAAUUAUCCGAUUCGGAGACCGCUUACCUUCCCAACCAUCAUCUCAAUUGCUCAGACUCGUUCAAAGGUGGCGCUCAUUACCCUUUCACCUCCGACCUUCCAGACAAUGAAAACAAAAGUUCUGAGAAGAAAUGUUGCCCGCCGUCGCAAGUCUCGAGUUUUCUAGUGGAUUUCUAUUCCUCUCCUCACCUACACAACCUUUAUAAACACACAGAGCACCACCUUAAUGACCAAACGUCAAAGUACCACAAUGUCGCAAAGAAUAAGAGUUCAUCGUUUAUGCAGCGUAAAAACCAGGAUGCUGAAUAUCUAAGUUAUCUCUCAAACUUGCACCAACCAGAAAAAAAGUUUGGAGUGAAAUCCCCAGCAGAGGAGCAGCCCACUGACUUGAGUCUUCCGAAGUUGAAGAAGAUGUUGCCCAGGAAUGUGGCUGGUACACCGCUUCCUUCAUCAGUGCCCCUGGAUGCUAAAAGCACGACAGCGGGGACACAGCCAACCCAUUCCAACUGCAACCCCAAAGCUUGCCGAGUCCCCCCAAUGCCGAUGGUGGCCAGCGCCAAGACCGGUGAAGCUAUUCCCUCGUCGCCAGCGAAGCUGGAAGAGGCUGUCAGGCCUAUCGUGUGUUCAAAGGCCAGCUCGCAGGUCAUCGGGACCACAAAGCCCAUCAAGAGGAACCGAGAGUGUACUGACAGCGGGAAUGGUGAGAGCCCAGAAAAGAAGCACCGGGCCGUGUCUCCCAUCUCCAAGGACCCAACGAUGAAAGAAAAGACUUUCGACUUGGAUGGUGAAGGCAGCAAAGCCCUGCCGCCAGGGAUUUUCCUGGAGGGUCGCAAGUUCCCGCUGCCAACACCAAUUUUCCCGGGUGUGUAUCCUGGAGCUUUUGUAUCUCAGGUGCAAGAUAUGUGUGACGGCCUAAGCUCUCAUUUCCCAGUUGACUACGCCCACCCCUUACAAUACUUGAAGAAUCAAGCUGUGCUCUCUCCCCUCAUGCAACCACUUGCGAUCCAUUCCUUCAUGAUUCCGGCGAUGCAGAGACAGAUCCUGGCUUCGACCGGUGCAUCCCCACAGUUGUACAGACAUCUGUCUGCGGCUGCCACCCCAGUCGCGGCCACUUAUGGAGAUAUUUUGCACCAUAGUCUUUAUCCACUGGGUUCUCUGAACCCGCAGGUUGCUUAUUCCAGCUCGCCAAUCUCUUCUCUACAUCCCAGCACAAAACUAUAAGUAUUUCAUUACGUGAACGUUGCUGAAGACAGCAAUAAGCCGGACAUUCCAUGUUACAUUGUUAAGACUUGGUGACUGCAAGCUACCAGCAACUGGCUUACGUAUUCCUUGCAUUCACACUCGGUGUUGUUAUCAUCUACAAGUCGUAAAGUUUGUUUUGUUUUCUUAAGUGUGGUAAUGAUAUUCUUUGUACAUAAAUCUUUUUGCCUGUGACUUAACACUAUCACCAGUAGAAUAGCGACACAUUUAAUGGGUGUAAAUAUUCACUAUAAACAUUUACAUCUUAAUUUAUGCAACUGUAGUCAGGUUCUAUGUGCUGCUUUGGUUGUCUUAUUGCUGCAUUUUUCACAGUGUCAGAUGAUGGAUGUGUUGAGAAUUGUGCUCUUGUUCCAGAACAGGAUAGACAUAAUAACUACAGGAAGUUCUCCGCAGCUGUAAAUGUCUGUUUGGAUUCUUUUGAAUCCUUUCGUAGAACCCAUAUGUGGUGUUUAAUUUCUACAUUGUGUAAUAGUGCACCGUGCUUAUUCCACAACCUCCCCCCCCACCGCCUUUUCCUUGGAGAUAAUUGCUGUUCUCACAGUUGUUAAGCUCUAGACUUUCACAUCGAUAAAAGCAGAGCCAAUUACAAAAUAACUUGUGAUGCAUUUGCCUCCAUUUUAAUAUUUCAAAAUUUAAUGUAAAUAUUUCUAAUUCAGUUUUCGUACUUUCAACGUUGCCGCGGCAACGUCUCAAACUCACUUGUUAAAUGCCCGGCAACCACACGUGUUAAAGAUUUGUAUAUAGACGAGGUAAUAGUAAUUCAUAAUAGCUGCAUUACAGGAAAAUAAUUUUAUAUAUAGAUUCCACCCGCCUUGCAUUUAAGGUUACAAAAAUAUAGCUGUAAGGGUUCUUUCUGUGGUUUUACAUAACAUUUUGUCAAAUAUUUAAACUGUAAAUCUCUCAAGUAAACAGGGCAAGUUUUGAAAAGAGGCAAGAGUGAAGCAGAACAAUAAAAUGGAAGAAAUCAAGAUUCCACGUUGGCAUCCAUGAACAUUCUGCUUUUUUUUUGUAAUAAAGCCUCUUCAGUGUACUCCUGUUGCCUCUGCAGCUGUUGGUGAAGCUUUAAUAAGAUUUGUGUUGAAAUGCAAUUCUGGCUCUUUGUUCAACUCCUGAGCUUGGCUUGAAAUCUUUGGCAGCCUUUUGUUUCUCAUUUAGGCUUUGGAAAAUUUCACUUUCCUUUUAAAAGUGCCCUCAAAUUAAACAUGGGCAAAUACUUUGAAAGAAAGUCUUUCUUAAACUUAUUACAACAUUUGCUUCUGGAGGACUUAACAUUUGGUUACAAUAAUUUCCUUUCAGUUCCACAAUAAACAUGUUUAAUUGAUGCCUCAGUAUUGCAUGCGGUUUUCUGGCAGCCCUCCUGUUACAUCAAGAACUAGCUGUGCCUUUUCAUUUCAACAACACAUUAAAGCUUCGAUACUUAACUGCACAUGUUUGUCGAUGGUAUACCACGGUCACAUCUGGUCCAGCUUUGCAAAGAGCACUGUGAUCAUAAGUAUUGUGAAAUCAGGAUAUAUUAUUUUUGUUGGUUUCCAUGCUCGUAAUGAUCAUAACGAGCACUUAAGAGAUUGUUUGUGUGAUUGUGGCUGUAUUAGUUACAGAGUGUAGUCCUCAUAUGGUUGUUCCAUUUACCGCCAUACAUAGCUUAAAUAUUUUCAGACUAUUACCUUAUCAGCAAGAUGUUUAUACUGACAUGUUAUUAUUAUAAAACUUGUAUUUUGUAAAUAAUGAACACAUUUCUUUUUGCAUUUUUGGUUUGGAUCUAUAGCACAUUUUCAUGUAAGGUGAUUUGUACAUAGUUAAAAGUGAAGACUGGUAACAUUCAGAUGCAUCCUAAUAAUUUAAGGUUAUUGAGUAACCUUAUAUUAGGUUCAAACUAUAUGUCUAAUGUUGCUGAGCCAAAUAUAAACACUAAAGUUUUGUUUUUGUAUGUUCUUAAAGUGUACUUCUUGGCAAAUGCUUUUGAUACUUUGUGCCAAUAGUUUAUCUAUCACAUAGCUGGCAAAAUAUUUUGUACUUUCUGAUCCACUGUUAUAUUUAAUA